CCCCAAAGUGAUCCCAGUGACUGGCUGCAAGGGAAUCAGGCAGCUAGUGUGAGCUUCAUUUCUUAUAUUACGCUUUUCAACAUUAGAUUUUUUAUAUUUUUCUUGGCACUGUAAAGACACCUAAAGACUCUGCUGGGGUGGAAAUAACGACUUACCUGCACCUUGGCUGCUCCCAUCGUCACUUCAUUGGGGAAAUCAUAGAAUCAUCUUAUCAAGGAACACAAAAAUAUGGGAUGUAUCAAAUCAAAACGGAAAAACGGCGAAACUGAUCCUUCAAGGGAUGUGAAGAACUAUCCAGUACGUAAACCUGACAGAACUAUUUAUGUGCCAGAUCCAACGUCCAGUAAGCAGCAAAGGCCAUCGAAAGCUGGAUCUCUUUUGCCAGGGGAGAGACUACAAAUAAGUGAAGACAAAGGGGAUUUUGUGAUAGCUUUGUUUCCAUAUAAUGGAAUCCAUCAAGAUGAUCUAUCCUUCAAGAAAGGGGAGAAACUGAGAGUUCUAGAAGAGCAUGGAGAAUGGUGGAAAGCCAGAUCCGAGGUAACAAAGAAGGAAGGAUAUAUUCCAAGUAACUAUGUCGCCAGACAAAACACGCUAGAAACGGAAGAAUGGUUUUUCAAAGAUAUCACAAGAAAAGAUGCAGAGAGGCAACUGUUGGCUCCUGGAAACAGUGCUGGUGUUUUUCUGAUCAGAGAGAGUGAAACUGUACAAGGAAGCUAUUCAUUGUCGAUUCGAGACUUUGACAAUCAAACUGGUGAUGUCAUUAAACACUACAAAAUCAGAACGUUAGACAAUGGAGGAUAUUAUAUUUCUCCUAGGAUUACAUUCCCUUCAAUCAGUGACAUGAUCAAACAUUACCAGAAACAAGCUGAUGGACUCUGUCGGAAACUUGAAAAACCGUGUUACAGCCCUAAACCACAAAAACCAUGGGAUAAAGACGCUUGGGAAAUACCAAGGGAUUCUAUAAAGAUGGUCAAAAAGCUGGGAGCUGGUCAGUUUGGUGAAGUCUGGAUGGGUUUCUAUAAUAAUAAUACAAAGAUUGCUGUGAAAACUCUGAAGCCGGGGACCAUGUCUGUCCAGGCAUUCAUGCAAGAGGCCAACCUCAUGAAGACUCUUCAGCAUGACAAACUGGUGCGACUUUAUGCUGUGGUCUCAAAGGAGGAACCUAUUUACAUCAUCACAGAAUUCAUGGCCAAGGGAAGCCUUCUAGAUUUUUUGAAGAGUGAUGAAGGUGGAAAAGUACUUCUCCCAAAGCUGAUCGAUUUCUCUGCCCAGAUUGCAGAAGGUAUGGCUUACAUAGAAAGAAAAAACUACAUCCAUCGAGAUCUCAGAGCAGCUAAUGUGCUCGUAUCCGAGUCCCUAAUGUGCAAAAUAGCUGAUUUUGGUCUGGCUCGAGUGAUUGAAGAUAAUGAGUAUACGGCAGGAGAAGGCGCCAAGUUCCCCAUCAAAUGGACAGCCCCCGAAGCAAUCAACUUUGGUUGCUUUACUAUAAAGUCUGAUGUGUGGUCUUUUGGGGUACUUCUAUAUGAAAUAAUAACAUUCGGCAAGAUUCCAUAUCCAGGGAUGACCAAUGCAGAUGUGAUGUCAGCCUUACAACGUGGCUACCGUAUGCCUCGUACAGAGAGUUGCCCUGAAGAACUGCAUGACAUCCAGAAGCAAUGCUGGAAGGAGAAGCCAGAAGAAAGGCCAACGUUCGAGUAUUUACAGAGUGUCUUAGAUGAUUUCUACACAGCAACAGAAGUACAAUACCAACAGCAGCCAUAAUGCUAUCUGCUUACAGUAACUGAACUGGUUAUUCCAUCCUUUUAAAUGCCUCUUUCACCUGUGACGUCUAUAAACACAGAAACCGAGUGAAUACAAUGUCCAGCAAAAUGUGUUUUGCUUUUUUAGCUUGGUCACCUGGCUUGCGUUACUUCAUUGACGUCAAAGUACAAAGAAUUCUGGUGGACAGUGCAAAUAUUCAUAUCUAUAUAUAUGUUGGUAAAUGCAUAUAUCGUCCAAGAAAUCUGUAUGUGCAAAAAUAGUUUUGUAAUUCACACUCGUAAUGUAAUGUGUGUGAAGGCACAAUCCAUGACAUCGCACAAUAUCAUGAAGAUAAUAAAAUAAAACUAGAAAU